CUCAGACAGCGGCGCGCGGCGGGCCCGGGCGGAGGUUCCGCGGGCGGCGCUAGGCCCGGCGAAGCGGCAUGAGCCGGCCCCCGCCGACGGGGAAAAUGCCCGGCGCCCCUGAGGCCGCGCCGGGGGACGGGGCGGGCGCGAGCCGCCAGAGGAAGCUGGAGGCGCUGAUCCGAGACCCUCGCUCGCCCAUCAACGUGGAGAGCUUGCUGGAUGGCUUAAAUUCCUUGGUCCUUGACUUGGAUUUUCCUGCUUUGAGGAAAAAUAAAAAUAUAGAUAAUUUCUUAAAUAGAUAUGAGAAAAUUGUGAAAAAAAUCAGAGGGUUACAGAUGAAAGCAGAAGAUUAUGAUGUUGUAAAAGUUAUUGGCAGAGGUGCUUUUGGUGAAGUUCAGUUGGUUCGUCAUAAGGCAUCACAGAAGGUUUAUGCAAUGAAGCUUCUUAGUAAGUUUGAAAUGAUAAAAAGAUCAGAUUCUGCUUUUUUCUGGGAAGAAAGAGAUAUUAUGGCCUUUGCGAACAGUCCCUGGGUGGUUCAGCUCUUUUGUGCCUUUCAAGAUGACAGGUACCUGUACAUGGUGAUGGAAUACAUGCCCGGUGGAGACCUUGUAAAUCUUAUGAGUAAUUAUGAUGUGCCUGAAAAAUGGGCCAAGUUCUACACUGCUGAAGUAGUGCUUGCAUUGGAUGCAAUACACUCCAUGGGCUUAAUCCACAGGGACGUGAAGCCUGAUAACAUGCUCUUGGAUAAACAUGGACAUCUAAAAUUAGCAGAUUUUGGCACAUGUAUGAAAAUGGAUGAAACAGGCAUGGUGCAUUGCGAUACAGCAGUUGGAACUCCUGAUUACAUAUCACCUGAGGUUCUGAAAUCACAAGGUGGUGAUGGCUACUAUGGUCGAGAGUGUGAUUGGUGGUCUGUGGGUGUUUUCCUUUUUGAGAUGCUAGUGGGAGACACUCCAUUUUAUGCAGAUUCACUUGUAGGAACCUAUAGCAAAAUUAUGGAUCAUAAAAAUUCACUAUGUUUCCCUGAAGAUACAGAAAUUUCUAAGCAUGCAAAGAAUCUCAUCUGUGCCUUCUUAACAGACAGGGAGGUACGACUUGGAAGAAAUGGGGUAGAAGAAAUAAAACAGCAUCCUUUCUUUAAGAAUGAUCAGUGGAAUUGGGAAAACAUAAGAGAGACGGCAGCUCCAGUGGUGCCUGAGCUCAGCAGUGACAUAGACAGCAGCAACUUUGAUGACAUCGAGGACGACAAAGGAGAUGUAGAGACUUUUCCAAUCCCUAAAGCUUUUGUGGGAAAUCAGCUACCUUUUAUAGGAUUUACGUACUUUAGAGAAAAUUUGUUAUUAAGUGACUCUCCACCCUGUAGAGAAAACGAUGCAAUACAAACAAGGAAGAGUGAAGAAAGUCAGGAGAUUCAGAAAAAAUUGUAUGCACUAGAAGAACACCUUAGCAGUGAGUUGCAAGCCAAGGAGGAGCUGGAACAGAAGUGCAAAUCUAUUAAUACUCGCCUAGAGAAAACAGCAAAGGAGCUAGAAGAAGAGAUUACCUUUAGGAAAAAUGUAGAGUCAGCAUUGAGACAGUUGGAAAGAGAAAAGGCCCUUCUUCAGCAUAAAAAUGCAGAAUAUCAACGGAAAGCUGAUCAUGAAGCUGACAAGAAACGGAAUUUAGAAAAUGAUGUUAACAGCUUAAAAGAUCAACUUGAAGAUUUGAAGAAAAGGAACCAGAGCUCUCAGAUAUCCACUGAGAAAGUCAAUCAACUCCAGAAACAACUGGAUGAAGCUAAUGCUUUGCUACGAACAGAGUCGGAUACUGCAGCACGGUUAAGAAAAACCCAGGCAGAAUGUUCCAAACAGAUUCAGCAGCUGGAAUCUAACAAUAGAGAUCUACAAGAUAAAAACUGCCUACUUGAGACUGCCAAGUUAAAGCUUGAAAAGGAAUUUAUCAAUCUUCAAUCAGCUCUAGAAUCUGAAAGGAGGGACCGGACCCAUGGAUCAGAGAUAAUUCAUGAUUUACAAGGUAGAAUAUCUGGGCUGGAAGAAGAUCUGAAGACUGGCAAAGCCUUGCUAGCAAAAGUAGAGCUGGAGAAGAGACAGCUGCAGGAGAAGCUUGCUGACCUAGAGAAGGAAAAGAGCAACAUGGAAAUAGAUAUGACAUACCAACUGAAAGUGAUACAGCAGAGUUUAGAGCAAGAAGAAGCUGAGCACAAGACCACAAAAGCACGGCUGGCGGAUAAAAACAAGAUCUAUGAAUCCAUUGAAGAAGCUAAAUCAGAAGCCAUGAAAGAAAUGGAGAAGAAGCUGUUGGAAGAAAGGUCUGUAAAGCAGAAAGUGGAAAACCUGCUCCUGGAAGCCGAGAAAAGAUGCUCUCUAUUGGACUGCGACCUCAAACAGUCCCAGCAGAGACUAAACGAGCUGCUGAAGCAGAAAGAUGUGCUAAAUGAAGAUGUUAGAAACUUGACAUUAAAGAUAGAGCAGGAAACUCAGAAACGUUGCCUUAUGCAAAAUGACCUGAAGAUGCAGACUCAGCAAGUUAACACCUUGAAAAUGUCAGAAAAGCAGAUAAAGCAAGAAAAUAAUCAUCUCAUGGAAAUGAAAAUGAAUUUGGAAAAGCAAAAUGCUGAACUUCGAAAAGAGCGGCAGGAUGCAGACGGGCAGAUGAAGGAACUGCAAGACCAGCUUGAAGCAGAGCAGUAUUUCUCAACCCUUUAUAAGACACAAGUUAGAGAACUGAAGGAAGAAAAUGAAGAGAAGACUAAGCUGUGUAAAGAGUUACAGCAGAAGAAGCAGGACUUACAAGAUGAAAGAGACUCUUUGGCUGCCCAGCUAGAGAUCACCCUUACCAAAGCAGACUCUGAGCAGCUGGCUCGUUCCAUUGCUGAGGAACAAUAUUCUGAUUUGGAAAAAGAGAAAAUCAUGAAAGAGCUGGAGAUAAAAGAGAUGAUGGCUAGACACAAGCAAGAACUUACUGAAAAAGAUGCCACAAUUGCAUCUCUCGAAGAAACAAAUAGGACACUAACUAGUGAUGUUGCCAAUCUUGCAAACGAGAAAGAAGAACUAAACAACAAGCUGAAAGACACUCAAGAGCAACUCUCAAAGUUGAAAGAUGAAGAGAUCAGUGCAGCAGCUAUUAAAGCUCAGUUUGAGAAGCAGCUGUUGACUGAGAGAACACUCAAGACCCAAGCUGUGAAUAAGUUGGCGGAGAUCAUGAAUCGAAAAGAACCUGUCAAGCGUGGUAGUGACACAGAUGUACGAAGAAAAGAGAAAGAGAACAGAAAACUACAUAUGGAGCUUAAGUCUGAACGUGAAAAGUUGACGCAACAGAUGAUCAAAUACCAGAAAGAACUGAAUGAAAUGCAGGCUCAAAUAGCUGAAGAGAGCCAGAUUCGAAUUGAACUCCAGAUGACUCUGGACAGUAAAGACAGUGACAUAGAACAGCUGCGGUCACAGCUGCAGGCCUUGCAUAUUGGUAUGGACAGCUCCAGUAUAGGCAGCGGACCAGGGGAUGUUGAGCCUGACGAUGGAUUUCCAGAAUCAAGAUUAGAAGGAUGGUUGUCAUUGCCUGUGCGGAACAACACUAAAAAGUUUGGAUGGGUUAAAAAGUACGUGAUUGUAAGCAGUAAGAAGAUUCUCUUCUACGACAGCGAACAAGAUAAAGAGCAGUCUAACCCUUACAUGGUUCUAGAUAUAGACAAGCUGUUUCAUGUCCGACCUGUUACCCAGACAGAUGUGUACAGAGCAGAUGCUAAAGAAAUUCCAAGGAUAUUCCAGAUUCUGUAUGCCAAUGAAGGAGAAAGUAAGAAGGAACCAGAAUUUCCAGUGGAGCCUGUGGGAGAAAAAUCUAAUUAUAUUUGCCAUAAAGGACAUGAGUUUAUUCCUACUCUUUAUCACUUCCCAACUAACUGUGAGGCCUGUAUGAAGCCACUGUGGCACAUGUUUAAACCCCCUCCUGCUCUAGAGUGCCGUCGGUGCCACAUUAAAUGUCACAAAGAUCACAUGGACAAGAAGGAGGAGAUCAUAGCACCUUGCAAAGUUUAUUAUGACAUAUCAUCGGCAAAGAAUCUAUUGUUAUUAGCAAAUUCAACAGAAGAACAGCAGAAAUGGGUUAGUCGGUUGGUGAAAAAGAUACCUAAGAAACCUCCAGCUCCAGACCCUUUUGCCCGAUCAUCUCCUAGGACCUCAAUGAAAAUACAACAAAACCAGUCUAUCCGGCGGCCCAGUCGACAGCUUGCUCCAAACAAACCAAGCUAACUGCCUUCUAUGAAAGCAGUUAUUUAGGUGAUCGCAUUCUUCCAGCCAGAAGACUGAAAUAGGAUGUCUCAAAACUUAACACACACACACACACACACACAUUUCCCCUGAAAUCAUUUUACAUCAUGGAGAAGUUUUCUGGGCUGUUUUGAAACAAUCCGAACAGCAGUGAUUGGUGAGUAAAGGUGUCGUGCAACUCUUCAAGACUUGCAAGCUCUUGGCAGUCACACUACAUUGCAUAGAAAGGUUGAGAAGAGCUUAAAGAAAUCACAUUUUGGAUUCAACAGAGGGUUUCACCGGCACAUCGGCCAAAAGAAUUUGGGAAUGGAUCCCACUACAGUGAUGCUGACUGCAUCUUUAAGAAGUGACCAUGAUGUUGUGUUCAUAUAUGUAUGUACAUAUGAGUUGAGCCUCAUAUAUAUACACACACACACCACACAUAAAAGCACAUUGUACUGUAAUACUGCAAGAAGGUAUUUUUAACUUACCAUUUUAUUUUUUAUACACAUUAAUCAGAUAUCAUUACUUCAGUUGCAACUAUGCACUUGUAUAAAGCCAUACUGUUGGAAUUUAUAUCCUCCAUCCAUGUACCUGAUAGGAGAUGCAUGUUUGUGUAAACAGUUAACUGUAAUAAGAAGUUUGAAGUUAAUUAUUCCAGUUCCUAAUGCCUGUGGUAGACAACUUUAUCCAUUUUGAAUGCCUUAAUUUAAUUUCUUUCCUGCCCCCCAAAUCUCAGCCCUUUUCUGUAUUUAAGAAAAGAAAGAACAAGUGUUUACCAGCUCUUAGGAUGCAGCUCGCUUUGGGGGAAAGCAGUGCCCUCUCCUACACACAGUAACUGUGUCAGUGUCAGCCUGCUUGGUCAUAGAAACAAUAACGGGUUACAUUGGAACUAAUGUGUGUGAUGUGUAUCUGUUAUUAUUUCAUCCCUUUUUACAGGCUUCAGCUAGUCUGUGACUACAAACUAUCUCCUUUGCUCUGAACUUGCUGGUUACCCCAGAUACAUUUUUAUUUAUGGUAAAGGCAGUUUUUCACAUUUUCAUUUAAGAUUCAAAAAUUGUCUCAAAUAUUAAGAAAACUAACAUGUAUUGUAUAUAUAUUUUAAUAUUUAAAUAAGAUCCUGAAACAAACAACUGUAUGGUGGUAUAUCAGCUUUGAUAUUUGGGAAGAGGCAGCCUCAAAAGCGCUUACUUUGAUUCUCAUUGUUAAAUGCUGCUGAGGUUAGAGAACAGGCAGGAUAGGUCCUGUUGUGCUGUGGGCCCAGGGAAGUAUGCUUCACCCCACAGCAGAGUGUAGCAGUGGGCAGCAUCAGGCUCUGUACAUAUGCAAAGUUCAAUAUGAUAUUGAAAUGUUUGCCUAUUUCAGUGAAGCCAGGAGAAAGUUUUCAUUGCUUCCCUCUGGGGUCAGUGUAGAAAUGUUGUAAAAAGUUUGAUCCUUAUAGAUUUUAUUAUGGAAUAGUGGCCUUUGGCCUACUGGUAUACUAAAUCCCAAUCCUGUGACCUUCAGGUGGCCCAGUUGCAUCUUUUGUUCCAUCUGUUAAUAGAUGUGCAUGCCAUUUCUCUGGAAGCAAGCUGUGCUCUGUAGCUCUGGUUCAGAACACAGCUUCCCUCCCUCCCUUCUUUCCUCCCUAUUCCCUCCCUCCCUUUCUCUUCUCUUCAGAUUUAAAAAUGAAAAUAUAUAAAAUUUAUAUAGAAGAACUAUUUCCAUUCAUUAGAGUUGUUUAAAAGGAGACUGAAUUAAUAUUUUAUAUAAAGAUUUUGUUACACUAUGGGAGGUUCUAUCCUAUUCUGAAUUGGAGAGUAUAUAUAUAUAUAUAUAUAUUUUUAAUAAACUUUAUUAAGGUGAAAUAAUGUCAAGUUUACAAAUGAAUAAUUGAAGUAUUUGAGUAAAAAAGGCAGAAGUUUAAAUUUUGGAUGCUGUGCGUGUAUAUACGUAUUAGAGAUUGGAGAAUCAUGGUGUGAUGCAACUGUACGAGGCAAUUAAUGUGAAGGAUUCAGGGGAAUAAAACAUUCUGAGGGGCAAAAAUCUCUCCAUGGAGCUUCUUCACAUACUGCUUAACAUAGGGAUUUAUUAGGUCAUUUGUCCAAGUAACAGAAUUUUGAGUAAAAAAGCUGACCUUAGAGAAGUCAGAAGGGGUUUGUUUUCCCUGUUGUCAUUUCCAUGCGCGUCAGUGCACACACCUGCCAGUUUUCUUCCCAACCCAGUGGUCAUUACAAGAGCAACCCAGUUGUGUGCCAGUUUCACUUUUUCUUGAGGCUCCCAAACCUUCUAGAUAGAUGGUUAUCAGAGCAAAUGUUGCUUCCUUUACUCAGUUUGUCUCAGAGCCAUAAAUCCUUCCAAUUGGGAACUAGAAGAAAGGAAUGCCAGGUUUCUUUGGUUGGACACUUUUGCUUUGUGGAAAUAAAAACAGAAGUAAAAGAAAAACUAAGUUCCUGUAUUACUGAUGAAAAUUAAUGUAAAAAUAAUUUUUAAGCGUUGCUUUUAGAAAAGCAAAAAAAAAAGUUCAAUUGAAAGUUUCAAAUGCCCUGGUUAACUAAAUGAUAAGUGAGCUGGUAAUCCCAAGGAAAGGCUGGUAUUUCUGGCCGACCUUUGGGAGGCCAUGGACCCUGGAGGAGGCUCUGCAUCAGUUCAUGUGUAGAUCUGGUGAGAAGUGCUUGAGGUACCUGCUGCUGCCAUCAAUCUGUUAGGAUUCCCGGGGUGAUGUGAAGAAUCUCAGACACCAACUUACCUUACAGUGAUGCUCAGAGCAGCAUGCCGAAACCCCAAGUAGAACAAGUACCCUCCGAGCUCUCCGGCUCCUUGACUGCUACUGAUUCUCCUUUCCUGCCUGAAGGUGGCUUCAGCUCCCCUGGCUCGUGGAGGUGCCACAGCCAAUGUUAAAGCACUUUGACAGGCGCUGUGUGACAGUGCUGAGUGUUGUGCCCUGGGGCCUUGCCUUGUUCCUUUCCCUGUGGUGACUUUUGUUUAGAAUUGUAAUAAGUUAUAAACUGCAUGAUUUAGAGAGUCAUCUUUGAUCAGCUGUCCCCCUGAACAAAAAAAAAAAUCAUACCCUCUUGAUUUAUUUUUAUUUUGUUGCAUCUUUGUAGUAAUGUAAUUGUAUUUUUAUGCCUGCUUUUUGUUUAAGAAAAAUAAAUAAAAGAACCUAA